UCAAUGCUCUAACACAAAUAUAUGAAAUAGAAAAAAAAAAAAUAUAUAUAUAUAUAUUUCUAUACAAAGAAAAGAGCUAGUAUUUUUUCUCGUGUUCUCCUCUUCUUGCGAGAUUGGGCAUAACUUUGAUUUCUCGAACUUUAUAGCUGAAAAUCUGAAGUCGGAUUAUCAACCGUUUUCAUUUCUAUACCUAGAUAUAAAGAUAAGAAAAAAUGGCGUCAAUGAUUGCUAAAGGUAACAGUAGUAGCGGUAGUAGCAGUCAAGUGUCUCCUUUGGUAUCAGUCCAAGAAAAGGGAAGUAGAAACAAGAGGAAAUUCAGGGCUGAUCCUCCUUUAGGUGACCUGAAUAAGAUCAUCUCUUUGCCUCAAAAUGAGUGCCCAAACUAUGAAUUCUCAGCCGAGAAAUUUGAGACUGCCCCAGUUCACGGACAAGCAAGUGCCUGUGAUGUGUGCGGUGUUAAUCAAGAUCAUUCUGAUGGGUUGAAACUUGACCUUGGAUCGUCUAAUACAAUAACUUCAUUAGACUUUGUGCCAAGCCGACCUAGAGAUGAGUUAGAAGCAGAUGAGUUUCAAGAUGCUGAUUGGAGUGAUCUUACAGAAAGCCAGUUAGAAGAACUCGUAUUAAGCAAUUUAGAUGCUAUUUUCAAAAGUGCAAUUAAAAAGAUUGUUGCCUGUGGUUAUACUGAGGAAGUUGCUACAAAAGCUGUUUUGAGGUCUGGCCUUUGUUAUGGCUGUAAAGAUACUGUUUCAAAUAUAGUAGAUAAUACAUUAGCAUUUCUUCGAAGUGGUCAAGAGUUUAAUCCCUCAAGAGAGCACUACUUUGAAGAUUUGCAGCAGUUGGAGAAGUAUAUAUUAGCAGAGUUGGUUUGUGUUCUAAGGGAGGUUAGGCCUUUCUUCAGUACAGGAGAUGCAAUGUGGUGCUUGUUAAUCUGUGACAUGAAUGUUUCACAUGCUUGUGCAAUGGAUGGCGACCCAUCUAGCAGUUUUCUUAGUGAAAGAGGUUCAAAUGGGAGUUCCUCUACUUCCACACAACCUCAUUUGAAAACAGAAGCUAAAAGUUCUGAAUUGGACCUUCCAAAUCCUUGUAAACCAGUGCCAUCAGUUCCUUGUUCUCAUACUUUGCAACCUGAGGUACCCACCUUUGGGGCUCCAAACAUAAACCCCAAGCCUAAAAAUUCUACUUUUCUUGGGGGAAUAGGCUCAGAUAAAGAGAGCAUUACUUCCUUGUCUGAUGCUGUGGAUAAUAAAACGUUUACUGCAGCUCUACCUUCUCCAUCUGCUUUGACAGAAGAAAAGUUUGUUAGUAGUAGAAAGAUGCAUUCUGGUAGCACAAAGAGAGAAUAUAUACUUCGACAGAAAUCUCUUCAUCUUGAGAAAAACUACCGGACUUAUGGACCCAAAGCAUCUUCCAGAGCUGGAAAGCUUAGUGGUUUGGGUAGUCUAAUCUUGGACAAGAAACUUAAGUCUGUCUCAGAUACCUCUUCUGUUAAUAUAAAGAAUACUUCCUCAAAGAUAAGUACGGCAGUGGGGGUUGAAGGAACCCAAGAUAAUGGGAACCAGAAUUUUUCAACCAAUCCAGGAGCAUCUUCUGCAGUAUUCUUGGAAAACAUGAGUACUAUUUCAGCAUCACCCAAAAGCAAUAUAGUAUCUGCAUUACACCCAGUAAAUGGACCAAAUAUAGUUCCUGCAGUUAAUAAUCCUCCGGUAUUGUCAAUUGCUGAUACUGAACUUUCUCUUUCGUUGACUUCCAAAAGCAACUUUGCUUCUGUUCCUGCAAACUCUGAUGCUGAGGCACCUAAUUGUAAUUAUGCUGGUAUACCAUAUGAUAAGUCUCUUGGGCAAUGGAUGCCUCACGAUAAGAAGGACGAGAUGAUUCUGAAACUGGUUCCUAGAGUGCGGGAAAUGCAAAAUCAGCUCCAAGAAUGGACCGAAUGGGCCCAAUCAGAAUGUUAUGCAGCUGCACGUAGACUGAACAAGACAAAUGCAGCACUGAGACAAGAAAUGGAGGCUGCUAAAUUGCGUGCAGCAGAAUCUGCUGCAAGCUGUCAGGAGGUGUCAAACAGGGAGAAGGAUACAUUGAUGAAAUUUCAGUCCUGGGAAAAGCAGAAGACUUUUUUUCAGGAAGAGCUUAUGACUGAAAAAAGAAAAGUGGCACAGCUGAGUCAAGAACUAGAGCAAGCUAAAAGUCACCAGGAACAUUUUGAGGCCAGAUGGCAACAGGAACGGAAGGCGAAGGAAGAACUACUAACACAGGCCGGUUCAAUUAGAAAGGAAAAAGAGCAAAUUGAGGCCUCAACAAAAUCUAAGGAGGAUAAAAUCAAAUCAAAAGCAGAAGCCAAUUUACAGAGGUACAAGGAUGAUAUCCAGAAGCUGGAGAAAGAAAUUUCUCAACUGAGACUGAAGACUGACUCCUCAAAAAUUGCUGCACUCCGGCGGGGAAUUGACGGUAGCUAUGCUGGGAAAGUCUCGGAUAUCAGAAAUGGCCUGGCUCACAAGGAAUCCUGUACACCUUACAUCUCAGGAAUGAUGACCGAACUUCAUGAUUUCUCUGGUACAGGAGGCGUGAAACGUGAGCGUGAGUGUGUAAUGUGCCUGUCAGAGGAGAUGUCUGUGGUUUUUAUCCCAUGUGCUCAUCAGGUGGUCUGCACAACCUGUAAUGAGCUCCAUGAGAAAAAGGGGAUGAAGGAAUGUCCGUCUUGCAGAAGUCCCAUCCAGCAGCGUAUUCCUGUACGUUAUGCUCGCUCUUGAUUUUUUUAUACUCUUGAAGUGAGUUGAGUGUUCUGAAUAAUGUUUGUGGGACUCCUUUGCAUUGAAUAAUGCACCUGGAUUACAGCUUUCAAGAAUUCAGACAAUUAAGUUGCCUUACAUUGGAAGCUUGAUGUUUUGUGUAUGCCUCCUUCCCUUCUGGCUUUUGAGCUAAAUGUGAGGUAGCUUUAAACUUUGAACUCGGAUUCGGCUUUAAUGCUACAAACAAACAUUGUGCAUGAAAGUUGCUUCUUUAGAUGUACAGAUGAGAUAUAUAACUUCAUACCAAGUAA